UUUAACUGGAAAAUCAAAACAAACACACACUGGUCCAGUCGUCUUGGAUUUUGUUUACAUGGACAUGUACCUUACCUGUAUUUGAAAUUACAUUUUAUUACGACAUACCUGCGUUAGCUUAAGAGGAAUGAUCGCUUAUUACAAACGUAGAAGUGUGUCAUUAUCCUAAUGGAGCUUUGUUUUAGCCUGAGGUUUUCUUAAGUGCCCUCAGUAGACGCCGCUCUUGUUUGCUGCCACUCUCCGGUGCCAGGCUUGUUUGCGGUCAGUCAUGUCCGAAUCCGGUCACAGUCAGCCUGGGAUGUACGGGCCGGGCCGCAGGAGGAGGCGAAGACGGGGUGAGCGGGACAUUAUUGGACCACCAGGGCAAAAUCUCUCCGGUCCGAGUCGUGAGAGAGACUACCAGCCGAGGGAACGGAGGGAUGGGAGCGAAGAUCCACCUGGACCACUCAUACAGAAGACCCCGAUCAUCCUUGCCAAGCCCCCAGGUGAAAGGGCAAAGACGUCUCAGAGCACACCAGCGAGCGGAGUCCCGGUCAUUGAGAAGCCAAUCAUGCUCAUGAAAGCCAGAGAUGAUGGGACUAAACCGGGGACCCCUCCAGAGACCGCAGCACAGCCUUCUGGACCAUCUAAGAUAGAGAGGGAAGGGCAGCGUCCGACCCAGCCUGUGUACCAGAUUCAAAAUCGAGGAAUGGGUUCUUCAGCGUCCAGCAGCACAGUGGACCCGAUGGUUGGCCAGGCCAAACUUGUCCCCGCUGAGAAGAUGAAGCACAGCAUCAAGCUUGUGGAUGAUCAGAUGAACUGGUGCGACAGUGCCAUGGAGUACUUGCGACAUCAGACGGACAUGUUGGUCGUGGGUGUCAUAGGCCUGCAAGGAACCGGGAAAUCCACAGUCAUGUCACUGUUGUCUGCAAACACACCAGAAGAAGACCAAAGAGGCUACGUAUUCAGAGCACAGACACAAGAGAUUAAAGAAAGAGCAGGGAACCAGAGCACAGGGAUCGAUUUCUUCAUCACGCAAGAAAGGGUCAUCUUCUUGGACACACAGCCCAUAUUGAGCCCAUCCAGCCUCGAUCAUCUGAUCAACAAUGAUCGGAAGCUGCCGCCAGAGUACAACCUUCCGUCAACGUAUGUGGAGAUGCAGUCCCUUCAGAUCGCUGCCUUCCUGUUCACAGUGUGUCAUGUGGUUAUCGUGGUGCAGGACUGGUUCACUGAUCUCAACCUCUACAGGUUUCUACAGACUGCGGAGAUGCUGAAGCCUUCAACUCCGUCUGCGAGCUCUGACAGCUCUGGCUCGUCUGGCAACGACGAUGGGGCUGAGUAUUACCCACAUAUAGUGUUUCUUCAGAACAAGACCAGGAGAGAGGACUUCUGCCCACGGAAUUUCAAGAACAUGCAUGUGGUGGUGGACAAAUUGAUGUCUCACUCGCAUUUAAAAUAUAAAGGUCUCCUCCGCCAUGUUGCUGAUGAUGGUUUUUUGCUCUCACAGUGCUACAUCACCAUUUCUUUCUCUCCAGGGUCCUUGUCCAUGUUAGACUGUAAUAUCUUUCCCGGCCUGGGGCAGGACUUUCUUCCCACUGAGGUCAACAUGUUCCUGCUUCCUGUGCAGGAGAGCGACGGGGAGGAUCAGCUGAAUAAAGCAGGGUCAGGAACGUACCCGCUGUUCUCACUACUGCCGGGCUACAGGGGCCAUCCUUCCUUCUCCACGAUGGUGUUCAAGCUCCGGAGCCAAAUCCUCGCGAUGCCCCGCUGCCAGCUGUCACACACCAUCCUGACUGAGAAAAACUGGUUCCACUACGCAGCUCGGAUCUGGGACGGAGUUAAAAAAUCCUCUGCCCUCUCGGAGUACAGCCGGCUGCUGUGCUGAUGCCUGCUCCGUCUCUGGUGUCAUGUUGUUGGGAUGCGUCUUGUUCAGUUUUGUUUUGAACCAAAUGUCCCUCGCAUCUCUCAUUAAAGAAGUCACUCUUCAACUGUCCAUGUCUGCUGACUGAGGACGGCUUGUUUUCCACCACGUUUGUUUCAUGAAUUGUUUAAUGAUUGAAUCAGCUGCUCCAUCACAUCAUGACCAACACCACAUGUAAAUAUUGCACAACAGUGGUUGAUUGCCUUUGAACUGAAUAGAAAAAUUCAUGUAAAACCGAAGCGCAAAUCACCGACAACUCCACAAACGGUAGCGUCAGACUCCUCCCUGAAAAAUACAAUACUUAAAGCUGUGUGUGCCAGUGUCUCUCUCAUCUGGGCAUGAAUCUCAACAUGAAUCUUCUUGCGCUGAUCUGCGGAUUCGGGCUUUACGUCCCAGGUAAGUUUUCAUCACCAUUAUUUACUGUCACGUGGAAAUGAUGACUUCAUUUGGUUUGGUUUGUUAUUCAGAAAGUCCAUUAAGAGGCUGACAACCAAGAGUUAGAAUUUGAAAAGUUUUCUUUUAAUGUCAGCAAAAUCGGGAACUGGUUUUUCUUUUGCAAUUUACUCUCAGUAAUUUUACUUGCUCCAAGGUGUGGCAUGGUCGUGUUGGUGAGAUGCCUACCAGCCGUGAGCCUCACCUGCUACAGCUGCCCCCUCAUG